AUGACUAUCAGCAUCCUUCUCCUCGGCGCAUCCGGCUAUAUCGGCGGCUCGACGCUCGCCACACUGCUGGAAAGACAUCCAACCUGGAAUGUCACGGCGCUCGCACGAAACGAAGACCAAGCGUCCAAGAUCCAGGCGGCAUUCCCCAGCACAAAGCUGUCCACAGUCCUCGGCUCCCUCGACACACCUGACAUAUUAGCAACCGAAGCCGCGAAGGCAUCGAUCACCCUGCAACUAGCCAACGGCGACCACGACGCCGGAACCAACGCGCUCCUAUCGGCAGUGCGUUCGGCAGCCACCCUGGAGUCCUGCAAGUACUACAUCCACCUGUCAGGAGCAGCGACCGUGCUUGACUUCUCGCUCGCGCCGGGCCUUGCGCCGGGUAGGUCGUGGAACGACACCUCGGACCUGCCGGCGAUCCUCUCAUUGCCCUCGACCCAGAUCCACGCUGCCACCGAGCAGCGCAUUGUGGCAACCGGUACCGAACACGCAGCCAACGGUCUUCGCACUGCGAUCGUCAGCCCGCCAGCCGUGGUAGGCGUGGGAAGCGGGCCGCUCAAGAAGGGAGCGAACUACCACAUCAACAUGACGAUGCAACGGAAACGGGCGUUCGUCGUUGAACAAGGCCAGAACGUGUGGGAGAUGGUGCAUGUGAAGGAUACUGCGGGUGCCAUCGUCGCCUUGGUCGAGGCGGCCUAUGGCGAGUUGCAGGACCGCGCCUACAACCCUGCUGCUGCUACGGCGGCGCCUUCCAGGGCCGAUUGGAAUGACCAGGGGUACUAUUUCUUGACGUCUGGAUGGGUAUCUCCGGAUAAAGUCUCGUAUGUUCGGGCCAUUGUGUCACGGCUGAGAGAAAAACGAAUUCCGCUGGAGGAUGGCUUGGACCAUCUCACUGCUGAUGAGGUCACUGCCUUGCAUCCGUUUGGGCAGAUUAUAUUUGGGAGUAGCUUGAGAAUUCAUGGUGAGAGAAUCCGUGAGAGACUGGGCUGGGAAAGCGCUUUCACGAAGUGGGAGGGAGCUCUGGAAGAGGAAGUGAAUGCUGAAAUUGCUCGAGUGGCUCGAGGAGAGAAGCUGGGGGUUGGUUUUGGGCAUGAUUGA